UCCCUCACCGACUGUCCACUCGCUCAUCGACUCCUUUUCCGACCUCCGAAGUGCAGCCCUGCCCAAAGCUCCAGGCAACCUUCGGUGCCGCUCCGGCACGACGCUGGGAGAAACAGACGAUUUUUAGCCAGGUGAUUUAAGUUGUUCCUGAUUCACUGUACAUACACUCAAGUAUGAGCUGCAGCCAUUCGUUGCCGGCUCCGGCGCCCCCGCUGGAGGACGAGAACAUCCUCCAGGAGAUCCUCCUCCGUCUCCCUCCGCGGCCAUCCUCCCUUCCACGCACCUCGCUCGUCUGCCCUCGCUGGCGCCGCAUCCUCUCUGACCCCAAGUUCCUCGCCCGCUUUCGCAGACACCACAAGAAACCUCCACUCCUUGGCUUCUUUGUUGAAGAAUGGGGCAUGCCCACCGUCUUCAAACCAGUAGAUCCGCCCUAUCACAUCCCUUCCGAGCGCUUCUCCGUGCCCAAGGCCAGCAAACCCUAUGCGAGCUGGGACUUGCUCGGCUGCCGCCAUGGCCUUGCUGUCCUAGUCAAUAUGUGGCAGCAUCGCCAGAUCAUUGUGUGGGAUCCCCUCUCUGGUCAACAACACCGCGUGAAUUUUCCAGCGGGGCUUGAUAACAAUGAAGUGGCGUUCUGGCAUGCCUCGGUGAUGUGUGUUGAUGAUCAAGAUGGGCACGUGCACGGCGAUUGCUUCUCGAGCCCGUUCAAAUUGGUCUUGAUCUGGGUUGUCAGACACAAGCAAGUAUCGGCUUGCCUAUACGAGUCCGCAUCCGGUGUAUGGGGAGAGAUUGUCAUGGAAAUUACAGAUCAAAUUUAUUUCAUAAGUCCCGGUGUCCUUGUUGGGAAUGAACUUUGCUGGUUGGUUAGUGGAGUUGGCGUCCUAGUGUUUGAUCUUGAAAAUCAGAACCUUGGUGUGAUUAAGACACCAGCAUGUAUUACCCAGUCCAUCGGAUCCGUUCAGCUCACACGGACAAAUGAUAGUAGACUUGGCCUAGCAUACUUGUCUAAACAGACCAUUCAAUUGUGGGAGCGGAAGUCGGAUUAUGAUGGUGUUGUCAGAUGGGUUCUUCUGCAAACAACCAUUCAACUGGAGGAGGUCUUCCCACAGAUGUUUAUGGACGAAGAAAGUGUAAGAAUAAAAGGGUAUAAUGACAAAUAUGUAGAAAUAAAGGGGUAUGAUGACAACACAAAUGUCAUUGUUCUAUCUACUAUUAGAGGUGACUUCACGCUCGAAGUUGACAUGAUGGAGAUCAGAUAUAUUAUUAAAAGAAAUUUCAAGUGUUCGAGCAGCUACUAUCCCUACGCGAAUUUCUAUACCGCAGCCAAGGGAGUUGGAUGGAAAUGGUUGGAUCUAGAACUUUGAAGAGAUAAACUAAUGUGCAAUAUGGGUUCAACAGGUGAGGUAUCUAGUGUAUACAUGGUUUGCUGGAACGAAGAAAAAGUGGCUAGUUCGUGUAGCAUGUUGUGGCAUGUGAUGUAGCCGAUGUUCUGGCAAAAAGUCUCAACUUGCACCAUAAAGAAUCAAGGAUUCCAGGCUUGUUGGCAAAAAUCUUGUAGCUACGAACCAAGAGCAAAAGAGCAUGCAAAGAAAAUUGUGGAAGUUCACCACUGAAGCACAAAAUCUGGCACCUUUUCGUGUAGAGCCCAUUUCAUUAUUUCGUGUGUAAUGGCAGAUUCAAUGCUUUUUUUUUCACCUGUUAGUUCAUAUUGACUUGAUCCAGAGAUGCGAGUUCAUAUGUAGAUAUGGACCUGCUGGUAUAUCCGAAAAUUCUGCAUGCAUGCUCCAGGCCACACCCAAAAUGCUUACUUUUUCCGGCUAUUGACUCUGCAUCAGUCGUUCAUCAAAGCAUAGUUCAACUGA